GCCAUUAUUAUUUUGUUAAUGUUAUCUUUUAUAAAUAAUAUUCAUCCACAUUCUUUAGCUGAUCAAGUACAAAGUUUAAGAAAUGUUUACUGCCUUGAAGAGUUGAUAGAGAAAAAUAUGUGAUUGAAUACUAUUUCUCUUAUGAUUAGGGAGCAAUGUCAACAGCAACUUUUUAAGUUUUGCACUGAGUAAGAAUAGGAUUUCAAUGUUAUUUGAAACUUAGUCGUAUUCCUAAAAAUGGGAGGAUGUCGUUGUUCUUAUCGUAAUUGUGCUGUUAAGUCUGAUGGAAAAACUCAUAUGUUCCAUUACCCGGUAUUUGAUAAAGUAAGAUGCCAUCAAUGGAUUGUGAAUGCACGUCGUCUCGAUUUUUUGGAUUUGAAAGUGUCGCAAGUUAAAAACAGAGUUAUUUGUCAACAUCACUUCAAAGAUGAAUGUUUCAUGAAUUUCACGAAAGGGAAACUUACCUUUGAAGCUGUACCUACUGAGGAUGGACCUUAUUGUGACUCAAGUAAAUUAGUUGAUAACUCACAUGAGUUUUCAAAGCAUUACCCUAUAGUUGUUGAAGAUAUAGAAAAUGAUUUAUGCCCAUUAGAUGAUAAGAAAGCAAACUUUUCCCUAAAGUAUUCAGAUUUUUUAACGAAUUCCGAGACUCCUGAAUCAUCAUUCUUAAAAACUGAAGAUAACAAAUUAAAGACAACACAAUGUGCUAAUUUAGCUGAUAUUAAUUUUAUUUUAGGAAACAAUUUAGAUGAUAAGUUAAAUAACAUUAAUAUUAACCAAGGUCUAGAUGACGCGGAUUUAUUUAAUGAAAAAUUGACUGCAAUUAAGAAUAACAUAAGAAAAUCACAACAAUUACACCCAGUUCUCAUUGUGCCACCAUUCACACAGAUAACUAAUUUAGGAACUACUAAAAAUGAACAUUCUGAAAUUAAUAUAAAUUCACUUAACAAUGCAAUUAAAAAUGAUAUGAUUUUACCCAAACCAAAACCAAGAGUAAAGAUUAUAUCAGAGAAGAAAGUAACAGAACCAGUUUUGUUCACGGGCCAAUUUACACCUAUAUCCCCAUCUAUUGUAGUUAAUCCAGUUUUGAAACAAAAUAUUCAAACACCAAGCAAUAUAGAGCAAACAGAACCUAAAAAUGUAUCCUUAAAUCAAAGUAUAGAACAAUUGAAUUUAAUAGAAAUUACCGUCCCACCACCAGAAGAACAAAGACAAAACAUUACAAUACAAAAUGAUAUUAUAUUAAAUGAAACAAACAAUACAACUCAGAAUGUUGUAACUUCAAAGACGUUAUUAAAAAAUAAAAUUCCAACUAAAAGAGUAGCAGAUAAACAAGAAAAAAGAAAAUUUAAUAAAAAAUUAAAAGAUGUAGAAUCACCUGCUAUAAAAAUAGAAGAACCUAAGCAUGAGGAAAUCAAACAAAUAGAAGAAAUUGUUGAGAAUUGUCAAGAAAAUGUUCAAACAGAACCUGAAAUAAAUACAUUACAUAUAAUAAAUACACAGAAUGACGAUUAUUUAUCUCGUCUCGAAGCCAGAAUGACAAGAAUGGAAAAUUUAUUGUUGAAUAAAAUAGAUCAAAAUUCACAGAAAAUAAUUGAUUUAACACAAUCACUAGGAACUUCAACGCAAAAGAAUAAAGGAGUAUCAACUCAGACAAAUGAUAAUAUUGCACUUUAUAAGAAAUAUUUAUAUACAGAAAUAUCUCAAUAUUUAAGUUCUGAAACGAAAAAUAUUCUUUACGAGGAACUAUUUAUUAAUGAGCAGUUUUCACAAAAAUCAAAUUUGAGAUCUACAAGGUUAAAACGGAGAAAGUAUAGAUAACAUUGCAUUUCAGAAUUACAGAAUAACAUAUAAAGAUGUCAAAUGUGUCAAAGACAUACUCUGCAAGAUUUUCUGCUACUCAUAGAGAAAAAUCUAAGCAGCUUGUUGAAUUGUUGGUGAUUAUCAGAAUUAUAAAAACUGUCACCAUAUUGCAUAUAAAUAUGUAAUUUCAUUGAAUGAUUUAAUAAAAAAGCCGAUUGAAGUCCUCAUAGGCAAGAAUUUUUAUAUUCUUGGUUAGACUAUAAUUUAUAUUUUUAUAUGCAAAAUGUUUUUUUUAAAGCAAUGCAACAAGAAAUGAAAUCAUGUAAUAAUUAGGAUGCCAAUUACUCUAGGUAAGAGAAACAAAAGACAUCAUGUUUCUCAACUUUGGUCAAGUGGGUUUACGAUUAAAUAAAAGAGGCUAAUUAUUGCUUUUGUCUUCUAAGAGAUUUAAAAAAAAGCAUCCCUAUGAUCAUUUGUUUUAGCCAUUCAAGUUAUAAUUUUUGAUUGAAUAUUAUUAUUGCAAAUAAUGUGAAGAAUUAAAAAGUAGUCAAAAAUUUCUAGUAAUGCAUGAUAGAAGUACAAACUGUAUGGAAAAAAAUAGACCAAAACAGGAAUCAAUUGAUUAAGGCUACGUCAUAGACAAAGAAUUCUAUAAUUUUUUUUAAAAUAAAACCAGCAUGUGUUUAAAUAUGGUGUUGGCAUAUAACUCAUUGAAAAUUAUUUUAAGUAAGGGAGUGUUCAUAUGUAAUA